GAUGACAUUUUCCACCAAAAUCGAUGAUCAACAUUCGGGUAAAAAUGGCGCUUGCCGAAGUUUGUGGCAUCAACUCGUCCGUUGAUUUCAGCUAUUCGCGAGAAAAUGAGAAGAUUGUCGGCGAGAUCGAAGCGUAUACCAGAAAUUUCAGCAACAAUCUUCAACUAGCGGUGCCACCGUUUAUCAACCCAGCUGAAACACUCGGUCACAUAGCUCAAGGCACCGACGAAGCCGGGAAGAACCUGAAAAUCAAAUUUGAUCAUGGAACUACAACUUUGGGUUUCCAAUAUCAAGGUGGUAUCGUCCUGGCAGUGGAUUCACGUGCGACAGGAGGACAAUUUAUUGGUUCGUCUACCAUGAAGAAGAUAGUAGAGAUCAAUGAUUAUCUUCUUGGUACUUUGGCUGGUGGUGCUGCAGAUUGUGUCUAUUGGGAUCGAGUUUUAGCGAGGCAGUGUCGCAUGUACGAGCUUAGAAACAGAGAACGCAUUUCCAUUGCAGCAGCGAGUAAACUCUUGUCAAACAUGAUUUAUAAUUUCAAAGGAAUGGGACUGAGUAUCGGUAUGAUGCUGGCUGGAUGGGACAAGCGUGGCCCUGGACUUUACUAUGUUGAUUCUGAGGGAACUCGUACUCCGGGAAAGGUUUUCAGUGUAGGAUCUGGAUCUGUGUUCGCAUUUGGUGUUUUAGAUUCUGGUUAUCGGUGGGAUUUAACCGAUGAAGAAGCUUACGAACUCGGAAGAAGAUCGAUUUACCACGCUACACACAGAGAUGCCUAUUCUGGUGGUAUCAUUAGAGUAUAUCACAUGAAAUCAACUGGCUGGGUGCAUAUUUCAGACCAAGAUAGCAAAGACUUGCAUUAUGGAUAUCAUUCUGAGAAACUGGCAGGACCAAGCACCUCCUCCUAGAUUUAAAUUAUUAAAUAUACAUUGUAUAUGUUUAUCGUCUAUGCAAUAAAACGGAAUUAUUUCAAUUUGUGUAAUUUAUAAUAAAUCAUCAUAUAGAGA